CCCAUUUUUCCUCUGCCAUAUGUUGGGUCAUCCACUACAAAAGCCUCACGGUGGAGAGGCUCCAUGUGAUCAGCAGAUUUACAGCUCGCCCGAAAAUGAAAGCAGAAAAUGAAAUUCCAGAGUGGCUCUUGCGUGUGACGUGCCUGAACAUCUGAGAAUUUGGGUUCCUGGGCGUGAGCAGGCUUUGGCUUCCAGAUAAUGCUGGUGUCUGUAAUAAAAGUGUGCUGAGGGGGUUAAUGGUGCUCCAAAGCAGCCCUGCCUGGGUUUGUUUCUGUGCAUCACCAGAAUAUUCUCUCUCCAGGGCUUUGAAGAUGGGCUGCCUUGCAGUGAAGACUUAACUGGCAAUUAAAUUCUCCAAGAAGCACCAGGACUGCCGUGGAACAUGGGGCUGCCCCGUGCCCGGGAUGCUGCGUGGCGGAGGAAAGGAUGUGUGACCAGGACUGCGUCAGAGCGGCGACGACUCCUGUGAGACAUGGAUAGAUGCAAACAUGUCGGGCGGCUACGACUCGCCCAGGACCACUCGAUCCUGAACCCCCAGAAGUGGCAGUGCGUGGACUGCCAGACCACGGAGUCGCUCUGGGCCUGCCUCAAGUGCUCGCACGUGGCGUGCGGGCGGUACCUGGAGGAGCACGCGCUGCGCCACUUCCAGGAGACGCGGCACCCGCUGGCCAUGGAGGUGCACGACCUGUACGUGUUCUGCUACCUGUGCCAGGACUACGUGCUGAACGACAACGAGCUGGCGAACACCCCCCCCAGGAAGAGCGCGAGGCUGUUGUCUCACGUGCACGGGGAGAACUUGAUUCCAAGGAAAUUCAGGGAGGUGGCCUCCUCCCCUACCUCAAGGCAGGUGCAGAGCAGCAGGUUCAGACAGUUCUACUCCAUCCGGCGCCAGCCCCUCAUGACCCCCGGGGUCACGGGGCUGAGGAACCUGGGGAACACCUGUUACAUGAACUCCAUCCUGCAAGUGCUGAGUCACCUCCAGAAGUUCAGAGAAUGUUUUUUGACACUUGAUCUCUGUGAAACAGAAGAACUCUUGGCUAAAACUGUGAACGGGAGGGCCAGGAUCCCUGGCAAACUGGCAAAUGGGUCUGCUGCUAAUGAGUCAGGGAAGACUGACAAAGUGGGAUCAUCUGGCACGCAGAGCUCGCCAGCUGGCUUGAAUGGGAGCUCCUCCAUAAGCCGGAGCUUAGAACUGAUCCAGCCCAAGGAGCCGAGCUCGAAGCACAUCUCCCUCUGCCACGAACUGCACACCCUCUUCAGAGUGAUGUGGUCUGGCAAGUGGGCCCUCGUGUCCCCCUUUGCCAUGCUGCACUCCGUGUGGAGCCUGAUCCCGGCCUUCCGGGGCUACGAUCAGCAGGACGCUCAGGAAUUCCUCUGCGAGCUGCUGGAUAAAGUCCAGCAGGAGCUGGAGUCGGAAGGAACCAAGCGCAGGAUCCUCAUCCCCUUCUCGCAGAGGAAGCUCACCAAGCAGGUCCUCAAGGUGGUCAACACCAUCUUCCAUGGGCAGUUGCUCAGCCAGGUCACCUGCAUCACGUGCAACUACAAAUCCAACACCGUGGAGCCCUUCUGGGACCUUUCCUUGGAGUUCCCCGAGCGCUACCACUCCCUGGAGAAGGGCAUUGUGCCCGUGCAGCAGGCAGAGUGCCUGCUCACCGAGAUGCUGGCCAAGUUCACCGAGACCGAGGCGCUGGAGGGGAGGAUCUACGCCUGCGACCAGUGCAACAGCAAACGGCGAAAGUCUUCUCCUAAGCCUCUUGUUCUGAGUGAGGCUAAAAAGCAGUUGCUGAUCUACAGACUACCUCAGGUCCUCCGGCUGCACCUUAAACGCUUCAGGUGGUCUGAGCGCAAUCACCGCGAGAAGAUCGGGGUCCAUGUCCUCUUUGACCAGGUAUUAAACAUGGAACCUUACUGCUGCAGGGACUCCCUCUCCUCCCUUGGCAAGGAGACCCUUGUGUAUGACCUCUCGGCUGUGGUGAUGCAUCACGGGAAGGGGUUUGGCUCAGGACACUACACAGCUUAUUGCUACAACACGGAGGGAGGGUUUUGGGUCCACUGCAAUGACUCCAAGCUGAAUGUAUGUAGUGUGGAGGAGGUGUGCAAGACCCAGGCCUACAUUCUCUUUUACACUCAAAGAACGGUGCAGGACGAAGCAGGAAUCUCAGAAAAACAACUCCAAGCUCAGGUGCCACCCAAAAGCAGUGACAAGGACAGAAGACUGACAUUCCCAUGACGGGGAGCCCUGUCACUCCAUCAGCACGCUCAGCUCUUUCUGGAACCAUUGGUGUUCACAUCUUCCCUCCCGUGGGGAAGAACACUGGCUGCAGGAGUGGGAUCAGAGCAGGAUCUUUGCCACCCCGGGUCUGGGAAAGCCCCUGGAGCUGGGGAGUUCUGACACGUCAGGGCGUUGUCAGAACCUUGGUUUUAAAGAGUCUCGUUGCUGAAUUAGGCUCACAGGAAGGAAAUUAGGGAGUUUGAUGCUGAAUUUCAUCUCAUCUCAGAGGGGCUGCGUGAGGUCUGUGACAAGUGAGCACAGCCAGGAAAGAGGAGCAUCCAGGUGGCUUCAGAGCCCUUCAGUCCCCACCAAUCCUGGGCAAACUGCAGCAGGAGCAGGUACAGUCCCCUCCCCUCCAGUGGCCAUUCCCUCUGCCAGGGGAAUCACAGGCACUGCCUGCAAGGGAUUGGCUGCCCCAGAGCUGUUCUUGCUGCAGAAAUGUGUAAGCUCUUCUUCAUUCUUCCCCCAGGGCUCAGCUGCCCCUGUGACACCAGUUUCUCUGCCAUCAGCUGGGGGCAGAGCCCUGGCUGAAGCUUUGCCAGCAGCUCUGUGUGUCAGUGCCACUGGGGCUGUGUCACACUUCAUGGCUUAUUCUCUGGGCUGAACUCAACUGGCAGCUAAAUUCACUCAGAAUGUGAUGUUAAUACAGUUCUUCUCUGGAGAAAGUGUGUUUAAACACAAAAAACAACCCCUGUAAUAAACCAGGAAUGUACCUGUGUGCCAGAUCUGGCAGCAAAACCAAAACCUGUGCUCCAGGUUUCUGCUGGAGGGGCAUCACUGUCCCCAGGAUUAGAAAGUCUGUGGCUUGCACAGCUGUGGCAGCAGAAGUUGGUGGUGUGGAGGCAUCUCACAGUGGCAAACUCACUCUUUCUUACAAAUGUGGCUCAUUUUCCUCAGGGGAGCAGUGGUGGGAAUGCCACAGUGUGGGGGACAGAGCUGGAUUCUGUCACUGCCUCUGGAGGGGGAACAGUCAGUAGUCACACAAGCCCAGAGCAGGGGAAGGUGGCCCUGGAUCCAGGCAGUGCCCAGAAUUCCCCCUGUGAGGUCUUUGUUCCUGCUGGGCCAUCAAGGGAAGGAAUGUAGUUAAAUCUCAAAUUCCACGUCGAGUUGGAAAGGCUGCAAAAAUGUCUGUAUCUGAAAUCAUCCUGAUUUUAGAAUCCUGUGAGAAACACAGAGCCUUAGUGGACUAUUUGUAGUCACUUCUCAGCCUACAGUUGCACCUCAGGUGUGUUUUUGUAAUUUGGGGUUUGGCUGUUCACGUUUCAUGUUUUAACCUGAAUAUGGAACUGCAAAAAAAAAAGAAAAAAA